ACGGACACGUACUCGAAUCUUUGGUCGGCCAAUCGCUUCACGCACCUGGCUAUUCAGGCGCCCCGGGAGUUCCCUUGCUCGUCCGAGAUGCCCGACGGCAGCGUAAGCUGCAACAGCCGGAGCAGAAGAUUCAGAAUCUGAGACAGGUGAUUAGACGGAUGAUGUUAAAUCUGUGGAAGAAGAAGCAGCAUCCGAAGAAUCAGCAGGAGCAGAAGAAGCAGGGGAAGGAGAAGCAGCAGCAGCAGCCUGCUCCUGGUCAGGGGGAUGGCAAGCUUGGAGAUACAAG